AUGGCGACGACACCUUCCCCGUUCCUUGACCCGGGGACUUGCGCGACAGCAGAUAAUCUCGGUAUAUUGCAAUUGCGCCGCGAUCAACUUAUUCCUGCCGUCUUGAGACCCGAGGCCGAUUCCGACUAUCCUGAAGGCAAGGUUGAGAACACGCGAUUCGGUUCUUUCCCACAUAGUACACUCGUCGGUCAGCCCUGGGGUACGCAAAUCCUUGCGUCACUCGUUGACACCGGGUCGCGCGGAAAGAACAAGAAGCGCAAGAGAGACACCAAAGAUGAAGGAGAGGGCACACCAGUCGCCGAGCCGGAUGCGGCGAAGAAGGACAUCGUAAAGGCUGCCGCAGCGAGUAGUGGUUUUGCGCAUCUCAUACCACCUACGCCAGAAAUGUGGACGAUUUCGUUACCGCACCGCACCCAAGUCGUAUACACGCCCGACUAUAGUUACAUCUUGCAGAGACUGCGCGCAAGACCGGGCGAUCACAUAAUCGAGGCCGGCGCAGGCAGCGGAAGCUUUACGCAUGCAUCGGUACGAGCCGUCUACAAUGGCUACCCGGGGACACAAGCUACAGAGCCCGAGACAAACGGCGACGAGGAGAAUGCAGUGGGUACAUCCAAGAAGAGGAAGCGCAAGACACGGACUGGCGGCGUAUACAGCUUUGAGUACCACCAACCGCGCGCAGAGCAGCUACAGCUCGAGAUCAAGGAUCAUGGUCUGGAUCCUCUGGUCACAGUAACACAUCGCGACGUAUACAACGACGGUUUCAAUCUCGAAGAUUCGACAGGCCCAGACGCCGACUGCGUAUUCCUCGAUCUGCCAGCGCCAUGGCACGCCCUCAAGCACCUCACGCGCUCCCCUCCCUCCUCCGCCGCAUUGAAGUCCGUCGCUUCAGACCCAUCCACGCCAGACGAACCCGCAACCGACGCCGCACCGCCGACUACUUCCUCCUCGAAACCCUUCCGCAGCCCCCUCAACCCGCGCAACGCAGUCCGUAUCUGCACGUUCUCGCCCUGCAUCGAACAAGUCACAAAGACCGUCUCAGCCCUCCGCACACUCGGCUGGGUGGAAAUAGACAUGGUAGAGAUCAACGCAAAGCGCCUCGAUGUACGUCGUGAGCGCGUCGGAUUACAAGAAGAAGGUGUUCGUGGUGGUAACGCGCAUCCCGCAAACGUCCAGGAAGCGGUACAAAGACUCAGGGACGUGGAAGGCCGUGCGGCAGUAUUCCACAGCAUGCAGCGCGAGAAGCAGGAAGAGGUCAUGCGAAAGGCUGAGGCGCGGAAACGCGGGGAGAAUGUGGAUAAAGACGGUAUGGGCCAGGGCAAGAAGAAGAAGAUGGAAGGCGUACCGCCGAGCAAGCAUGACAGGCUUGCUCAGUCGAAGAAGGACAUGGAGAGCCGGACACUGUUCAAGGAGGGCAGGCUGGUGCACAGGACUGAGCCGGAACUUAAGACGCAUACCUCAUAUCUUGUCUUCGCCGUACUACCACGGGAGUGGACCAAGGAAGACGAGGAGAAAGCGAAGAGGAAGUGGGGUUGA